AUGUCAUCUAUGGAUGACCACCUCUUUACUCAACCUCGCCAUCCAUGUCAUGGCACAAUAGUCACUCCCAAUACCAUAAUUAAUUCCCAACGUCAUGCAGCCUACUCAGACGCGACAGGCUUUGAAUAUGAAUUGGCACUGGCAAGCAUACUUGGUCCGGAUGUUGAAGAAGUUGACAGCAUGAUGUGGGGCACACCGGAAGCAGAAGAGACGCAGGCUCCUCCACUGGUGUAUUUUAGCGCACCUGAGGAUUCCGGGGAUCCAGUCAUGCAGAAGACAAACAGCAGCGAACCAACACCAUUUGCCCAUCCUACAGUUCCCCCUUCAUCAGGAGAUAUUUCGAUGGGACUUGAAUCAGAUAUGUGCACCAUUUUCGAGGCAGCGGAAGUCUUGCACGAUGACACAGCACCGGUUUUCCUUGCCAACAGUAUGGACGACACCGGUAUAUUUGCCGAUUACUCAUCAGAGCUGGCUCCUGAGCCAACGAUGUUGGAUUUCACGGCUUCGGGGAGCAAUGAUAUUGUAUAUCAAGCACAUGAACCGUUGCUAGAUGGGGCCGGUGACGGUGCAACUUUUGGAUGGCUCGACGGUGUCGAUGGGGAGAGUAGCCAGGUAUCGGAAUGGCUUGACAUGGAGCGCUUCAACACUCCAACCUUGCCAUCCACACCAACCUCUUCGCUGCCUUCAGGGGAGGACACCACAUCACUUUCCGGUGCCGAUAUAUGCAGUAACACACGGCGCCAAAGGUCAUUCGAGAAGAUCCCAUGUCCAAAUGGGUGUGGCCGACAGGUGGGAGGGCAAGCUUGGCAUCUAAAACAACACAUAGAAUCGGGAAAGUGUGCUGCAGGUCGUACUCUCAGUCAGCAAAGGAGCAAAGAAAACAGGGAUCCAACCUACCAGUACGAAAAAGCGAAGUCGAAGUCGAAGUCGUCAUCCAUGAUAAGAACUAGCGAGGGGUCCAUGGCUACCCACAGACAGCCUGCCGGUUGCAGUCGACCUGCUGAGCCAGCACCGGCGGUCCAAUUUGAUUUGGAUGGGUUGUGGGGAACAGGAUGUCCUGGCGUUCAGAUAGAUUGGAACAUAGGCAACAUCUUCUCGACAUUUCCCUGGCAGUUAUUUGAGCGAGAAGAUUUGGGGUUUCGGCUCUCACAUGCGGCGGGGUGCGGCAAUACAUGGGUUCUUCGGCUACGUUCCUCUCGAUGUGACCCACUCUGCGAUACAGGUGGUACCACUUGCCAGGAUUGCUCGACUAUCAGAUCCCAAAAGAUGUUGAAAGGUGCUGAGCAGCGAGCUAAACUAUCCACCUCCGAGACAACUCACCUCAAUACUAUCUAUCUCACACACGCACAGUCAGCAGCUAAGCUGCUCAAGAAGCAGGAUCGGAUUGAAGCCCUGAAACAAACAGUAAGCACAUAG